UCACGCCUGACGCCUUCUGCCCUCUCCACUCUCCAGUCUCCUGCGGCCCUGCCUCCUGCCUCUCUCUCUUUAACGCCGCGCGGCCGUCUGUCGACUCUCUCUCUCUCUCUCGCUUUCUCGUUGCAAGCGGCAAGCCGUCGUGUCUCUCUCUCUCUCGUCUCCCGCCGUGUCCGGUGGCUUAACUUCACCGUCGUCUCCCUCGCUUUCUCGUUGCAAGCGGCAAGCGGCAAGCCGUUGCUCUUGUCUCCCGUCUUUUCAGUGACUCUCUGAAGGAAGUUUGGUUUCUUUGCAACCUUGUUGGCGUUGCCGUUGAUUGCUUUCUUUUAAUUCAACAUGUCGUCGCUAAGGAAUGCUGUUAGUAGACGAGCUCACAAGGAACGAGCUCAACCGUCUUCAAGGAAAAAAUUUGGGCUUCUUGAAAAGCACAAGGACUACGUAGAGCGUGCACAAGUAUUCCACAAAAAGGAGCAGACUUUGCAGAAACUUAAGGAGAAAGCUACUUUCAGAAACCCAGAUGAAUUUUACUUCCGGAUGAUCAAAACAAGAAAUGUUGAUGGAGUCCAUAAAUUAGAGAGUAAUGCAAACAAAUACACCCCCGAAGAACUUAUGCUGAUGAAGACCCAAGAUAUGGGAUACAUUCUUCAGAAAUUGCAGAGUGAGAAAAAGAAAAUUGAAAAGCUGACUGCUGUGCUGCACUCUCUUGAUAAUCAGCCGUCAAAUAGACAUGUUUACUAUGCUGAAGACAGGGAGGAGGCUAAAGAAAUACAGUUUCUCUCUUUGAAAAGCGAAAUGGUGCCUACUUCUAAUGAUGUUUCCAGUGAUAUUAAAAGGAAAACAGCUGCUUCCUAUAGAGAACUAGACGCUAGGAGGAAUAGAGUCAGUCAGUUGGAGAAACUCUAUAUGGAUAUGGCGUUGCAGAAGGAAUUACAGAAAAAGGGUCGGAAGCGAAAAUUACGUGAAGAUGAGAUUGUUUCUCCCACCUCUAAAGCAGUAUACAAGUGGCGGCCAGAACGAAAGCGUUGAAAAGGUCUUUUUGAUGGUACUAAAAGAGGAUACAAUUUAUCCACGCAUGCCAAGGCUUUGCAUUUUCUAUUGUCUAUUUCCUUAUAUAGCUAACAUAGGCCUUGUUCUUUUCACUGGGUUAGUGUCUUUUCUUCGUGGGUUUUCAUGAGUUUCUCUUUAUCAACCCCAUCAAUCUCUGCUUCGUUUAUCCUCUUAUAAUUUUCAAGUUGUCAAUGUAAAGAAUGGCGUUCCAAAGUGAUGCAGCGUAAGAUAGUGGUAAACAAGAAAAUAGCAAGUAAAAGGGAUAAAUAUUCUUA